AUGACUUUAGCUACUGAAUUUGCUGAGACUACCCGCCGUUCGGCCACCGCUCCCGAAUUGAGAAAGAGAGUGUUGCACUUGUACAGAAGAUACAUGAGAUAUUCCAAGGAAUUCUGUGACAUAUACGAGUUGGACAUGCCUGUUGCCAACGUCAAGACCAAAAUCAGACAGGAAUUCGAAAGACAAAGAUUUGUAAAUAACUUGGAUGUCUCCAAUGUUUUGUUAAUGAAGGGGCAAAUGGAAUUCCAGGAAUUAAUCAACUUCUGGAAACAACAAUGUCAUGUCUUGAGAUACUUCGAUGACCAGCACAGCUACAACGUUGUCGACAAGAACGACUUCGUCAAGAACUUCUUGAGAGGAAACUAAAGUGGAUGGUCAAAUACAAUAUACAAGCUUAGAAAAUCUCCACGAACAGGAUACAUAAACAGUAUCCAGCUUCCUUUAACACUUUGUUAAAUUGCAUUAGUUUCGCCAACUACAGUUCACAAUGUUGAUGAAUAGUCGGGUUUAAUGGUAUUCUGAUUCCGAACUAUACUAUUCAUCUGCCUUCAUAAUUCAUAUAAUUUCUUCCAUUAUCGAAGAUUAUUGAAUAACAUUCAUAUACUUCUACAAAAUGUUUAUAUUUAUCAUUAAUUUCACGUUAUAAGUAAC